UCCAGCCGGCGUCGUAAAUCGCAAGUCGGGAAAACCGAUACACACGGUAGCGUAAUGGGCAGGCAGAGCAAAGGGCGGCGGUGUUUUUGUGGCACGAAGAGCUCACUUCAGCAUCGGUCUCGUGGUGCGCACAUCUCUGGAUGCUGUCGACCAUCACAUCUGUCCUUGGCCUCACCGCCGCCGCCGCGCUUGCCGCGGACCCUGUGACAUGGUCCAUGAAGCCUGUCAACUCGAUCCAGGCCCGUGUGCAAGCAUUCGCUCCCGUUUACGACAACGGCCCUGGACACAACGCGUUCGUCGCCGACUUCGUCAAGGACGCCAUCACGUUCCAAGACCGAUAUCGCGUGUCGAUGGAUACGAUCAACACGGCCAGUGUUGAAGGCGCCCUCAUGUACUUGCAAGCCGAAGGCAUCGACUACGCCGUCAACCAGCCGUGCUACCGCAAGAACAACAUGAGCUACAUUUGGUUCUACAACAUCACGAUCGUUCAGCCCAAUGCGAUGUUGGCGGAAUUCCAGGACUCGCAAAUGCCCGAGUACGGCCCGUUUGUCGCCAUGGACAACGGCAUCUGCACGCCGAUCAAUGCCGCGACCCCUGUCCCUGCUGAGUGCAAGGAGAUCGACGGAGUGGACAGCUACCCGAAGCUUGGACCGUUCAUCGGCGGCGAACCUCGCAAAGACGACCCGCGCGCUCCGUACGACGAGAACAUUUGGUUUUCGUUUCCCAACUCGUGCUACCUGAGUCCGUUUGGGAAGAAAACGGACGCGUGCCGCAAAGUGCAGUCGGGCGGGCUCUGCCCCCGCGGCACCAAACCCAACGGUAUCAAUUGCACGUAUUCGUUUGAGGUGAUGGGGUACGUCUCGAUCGACGACCUCGUCGGCAUCACGGCCAUGCCGUACGGCACGUCCGGCCGCAACUACUCGAGUUUUGUCGAAUUUUGCAAGGAUGGCAAAGUCGAGUACGAUACGCGUGACUUGAACAACUCGAUCCCGUUCUGGCGCGACUCGUUCAACCGCACGGCCAACCAAGAGCGGUCCAACGCUCUCAUGGCGUUCUAUAACCAAGUCGCGAAAAAGCCCAACUCGCUCAUGACGCCGCUCCCGACGGUCAAGGAGCUGUCGGACGCGAACCCGCCUUGCUACUUGAACUCGAAGAAGUGCUACGAUGCCCAAUUCGGGUGCCGCCGCAAACUCCUUGCUCAAGUGUGCGAAGUGUGUACGAGUGAUGCCGCCGGGUGUGUGAAGAAGCCGGCCAACGCUGCCGCCUUCCCCACCCUUCCCAAGGCCGAACGCAAGGUCCCCGAUACCGCACUCGUCACCAACACCACGGGUGCCUUUGGCAAGAACGCCACGUCCGCUCCUGGGAAGCCCACAGUCCCUGGUGCCCCGUCCGUGACGAGUGCCGCCGGUGCCUUCCACAUCGUGUCCGUCGGUGCCGCCGCGUUGGCUGCCAUGUUGCUGUAACCUACUAGACUUUCACGCACUCUGCUAUUAAUACUACUACUACGCAAAAUCA